UUAAUGCUCCGCAUCUGGAUCCCAUUUAAACCACGACAUUUUGAAUAGGGACUAGUCAAAACUCCGACGCUGGUUUCAAUUCCUUUGUGAUGAGCAGCAGCAAGGAAAGACAGCGGACAAGAGGCGAGAUAGCAUGCGCAGAGUGUCGUAGACUGAAAGCCCGAUGUGACAGGCAAGUGCCAUGCUCUACUUGCGUCAAAAGAGGAUGCAGUAUGCUUUGCCCUAAUGGUAAGAAUUCAUUCAUGACGUCGAACAUUCAAAUCUUUCAUACAAAUAAUGCAUAGGCACGAUGCCUCCAGGAAAAGGUAGUCGGUAAGUAUGGUGCCGCCACAUGCACAAGUGCACCAAGUUCUGAAGAUGUCAUUUUCCCCAUAAGCUUCGUUGGUGUCGCUGAAGAA